CUGAUGUUGUUGUCGAGAUAACAUUGAAAAUACAGAUAACAAUUCCGAAAUCGCUUCCUGAAGCUUCGACGCAGUGAAUUUCAAUAGACAAUUAAUGUGAAAUCGUUUAUAACUAUAGACUGGCGUGUGGUAAAUAAUGAAAUGUGGACUGCGUGAUUUGGAUUAUUUGAAUUUAAAAGUGACUUUCUGGCUCCCUGGAGCGCAUCCAGGAAACGCAAGAAUUGUUAUUUGUUCUCAUCGAUCUUGAUUUGCAUGCCAAUAAUAAAAUAAUAAUAAUUGAUAAUUGCACUUGCUCUUGUUUAACCCGUCUGAUCAAUUUAAUUCACUUUUCAGAAUCAGUAAAAUUCAUUAAUAAUAAUGGGGUUCAAAAAGUCUAAUGUAUCCAGCUUGCGCGAGCAUGUGGGUGAAGGAGUCAGGGCCAAACACCGCUGUUUGGCGCGCCGGGACGCAAGCACGCAACAGUCGCCCGGCGAUCGUCGUGCGGAGCGCAUCACAGCGAGAUCAUCUCCGUAGUUUCUCCGGUAAAGACACUCGUUCACCCUGGACAUCUCUAUAAACAGUGACGUUACCCUGAUUAGUGAAUGAAGCGAUGACCAGUGAUCGGUGAAAAAUCAUACGAAUCGUCCAGUUAACGAGGGGCUGGCGUCCCAUCAGGAUGAUCUUGAGAAGUGAAGUUGUGGUGUAAUUGAUUGUAAAUCUGUGAGACUAGAAAGACAUUCACAAUGUCUAUGGCAUCGAUUGAGACCAUGGGAUCGAUCAAGGAUGGGCCGGAGAGGAAGCUUGUUAAUCUGAACCUGAUAUCCCUUAAGUGCCUGCUCUUUCUCUUCUUCGGGGGAAUGGGCUGUCUAUUUCCAUUUCUACCUCUCCACAUGGUCAAAGUUGGAUUGACCCUCGAAGAGGCACGACUCGUCUCCAUGAUAUCUCCAGCGAUAGCAAUAAUUGGUCCCCUAAUUGUUGCACCAGUGGCUGAUAAACUAGCCAGUCGUCAGGGUAAAAAACCCUCGACAGGUCGAUAUCUUCGAGUUAUGAUAGCUAUCGCUUGCUUCCUCUCAGCUGUAUUCUACUCAUUACUUCUACUUGUGCCCAUCGUCGAGAGGAUAGAACUACCCAAGGAAAUGAGACCAACGUUGAAGUUUGCAUGUGACAGGGAAGGGGCGACAAUAUUUCAGGAGAGAAGUAGCGAGUUCUCCACUUGCUACAAUUGGACAAGUGACAGCCGGGUCUGUGGAAUUCUACUCAGGAAUUGCCAUUAUGAGUGUCCUCCCACUGUUCCUAUUAGACAGAGUAUUAGGAAUAGGGUCGUUAACCUGGAGGAGAGACAAGUUGGGCUUGAGCUAGAGCCAACGAGAAAUUUUUCGGUUAAACCACUUCAUCUGACAAAUGACGAGAUUGAGUGGAGGAAAAAGGAUCCACACAAUGGCCUGGACUCCCCCAAACAGCGAAGGUACGUGUCAGCUGAGAAAGCACCCCCUCACCUGUGCUUCGACAAUGGGAAUGAGCGCGUGUGUCACGUGUACACAAACGCCUCAAAGAGCCUGUCCAUCCAUGCGAGCUUCCAGGUGGCCAGCAACGCACGAGAACGAGGCGACUGGUGUGCCUAUCCCAUCGCCGAGAGCCACUGCAGAAUACCGAAUGAUUUAGAAACCUUGUACAAUGGUUCGUGCACAGUCGAGUGCGAUCUCCUAGAUCCUUCCAUGCUGCAAGCAGGAAGCAUAGACACAGAGAAUCAGUGCAGUCAGGUGGCAGGUGACCCGGACAUGACCUUCUGGAUGUACAUAAUAAUCCGUUCGAUAGCGGACAUAUUCCCCACAGCAGCAGUGGCUCUGAUUGAUGCAGCAGUGGUGAUAGCGACCCGUGAAACCUCGUGUGGACGUGGCGAUGUGGGCAGACAAUUGGCCUUUGGUUCACUGGGUUUCGCUAUUUUCGGGCCCCUCUGCGGCUACCUCAACACUUUAACAAGCCUGCGAGUACCCUACCUCCUGCCAAUAGUCCUCCACGUCGCUCUGAUGAUCCUCACGUCGAUGGUGGCCCUUUUCUCCAAGGGAAUGCCCCUCAGCCCUCCAGAGUGGUGGUGGCACACCAGGUCAGGAAUGCUCGCCAUUCCCAUGAGUGCAGUCAAGCGAUAUGGUAGUGAAACAGCUGCUCUUGUACUCGUGCUCAUGGUCCUGGGGACAUUUUGGAGUGCGAUGGACUCCUAUCUGCCCCUUCAUCUGGCUAAUCUGCAAGCUGAUGCCCUCACUAUUGGGGUCAUUCUCACGAUAGGUGCAGUACCUGCAGUGUUGUUUCUCUGGAGGUCAGAGCAUCUCGUGGAUUACUGUGGCCACAGCAAUCUCCUCAUCAUAGCAUUCACCAUGUACAUCGUAAGAUUCACUGGCCUCAGUCUCGUCAACGAUCCCUGGUGGGCACUAGCUGCAGAAGCCUUCGAGCUCUUCACCCUUGGCAUCAUGUGGAUCACUGCAAUCCUGUACCUGAGACACUUGAUUCCCAGACACCUGACUGUCACAGCACAGGCAUUACCUGUUGUGGCCCAUUUUUGCGUGGGGCGCAGUCUGGGUGCUGUCAUUGGAGCCUACACGGACUUCGGAGAAACUGACAUUGAGUCCCUCAAGUUCAUGUAUCAGUGCAUGGCAGUGGCUGCUGCCAUCAUUGCUGUUCUGUACUUCAUAGUUUACCACGGUAUUCUCAAGCCCAGAUGUCAUGCUCAGAACUUGCAAGGCUCCAGAAAUGCACCAUCUGUGGUUCAAGGUAAUUUAUUUUUUGUCGAGAGUUCAAGGGGAGGGGACUCAUGUGUUUGGUGAUUUUUUUAAUUGCAAAGCUGCACUGCAAGAACAUGAAAAGACUUUGAGUAUGAAUGGAAAUGGACGUUACACGCCCCUUCGAGUGUAUCACAAUGGAAUGGGAAGAAAGGGACAAUUUCGAUAUUAAAGACCCGACAAUUGGAUGGUUUUCAUUCUGGGCUGCUUCGAGGGGCCUCGACGAAUGUCUCUCUUGCUUUGCAGCAAGAUUUGAGUCACUUUGACGAGGGGAUGAAGACUCGAGGGGCCCUGGUAUCACUCGGACUCAUCCACGGUCGUAGGUUCAAUCGUGGAUUGAGCGCAAAGGAAUGGACUUUGCUAAAUUCUCAGAGUAUCACGUGAAUCGUAGAUUCAUAAGGAAUUAUUUAUUGUCACAUAUCGUGCAUUUCUACUAUCAAUUACGAAUGAAUAUUUUUUUAUGCCCUACGAAAUGUCAAUCAAGUGUAGAGUUUGACGCAUGAGGUUGUAUUUAUUUAUUUAUGAGGAUGAAAAAUUUUAUUAUUCAGUUCAGAAAAUUAUGUCCCCCUGUGUGUUGUACCUUUUCUACUCCGUAGAUCAUUUUUACAAAUUCAGAACCAAUGACGAAAAAUUAUGUUAUUAAUGUGUAAUUUUUUUUACUGCAUAUGGAGUUAUAAUAAAUUUGACUGGUCUGA